AUGAAAGCCGCACUCUUUCACGGCAAAGGAGACGUGCGGAUCGAGGAUAUACCAAAGCCGGAGCCGAGAAACGAUGAGGUGUUGAUUGAGGUGGAUUGGUGUGGGAUUUGUGGUACCGAUCUUCACGAAUAUAUCCUGGGCCCAAUCGUCGUUCCUAGAAAAGAGAAACCUCAUAUCAUCACCGGCGAACACCUACCCGUUGUCCUCGGCCAUGAGUUCGCCGGCAGCGUUGUCAAGACCGCCUCGAACUCGGACCUCAAGUUGGGCGAGAAGGUGAUGGUCGACCCACGAAUCAACUGCCAAUCUUGUUACCCCUGCCAGACGAACAUCGAGCAGCUGUGCCACUCAUGGGGUUUCGUAGGCCUCUCUGGCCAUGGAGGCGGCUUCUCCGAGUUCGUGGCUGUCUCCCCGAGAAUGUGCUAUCGACUGCCUGACGAUGUCAACAUGGACGAAGCGGCUCUCAUCGAGCCCCUGAGCGUUGGACGGCAUGCGCUCCCGGUUUCUGGCAUCGAGGAUUUCUCGAACCUCACCGUGCUUGUGGUUGGAGCUGGACCUAUCGGUGUCAGCGUGCUUUGGAAUCUACGAGCCGUCGGCGUCAAGUCGACGAUUGUUUCUGAGCCUACGAAGCUGCGUCAAGCGCAGACUCGAGACCUGGCCGAUAAAGUCCUGUCGCCAAUAGAUGUUAAUAUUGGCGACGAGUGCCGAAGAUUGACCGAUGGGGUGGGUGUUGAUGUGGUGUUUGAUUGUGCUGGAAUUCCGGCGGGAAUGCGAGCGGGAAUGGAUGCAUUGAGACCCAGGGGCAUCUACGUCAAUGUUGCUGGAUGGGAGCAACCGUUUACAAUCCCAACGGAGUAUGCUAUGUUGAAGGAGAUCACCAUCAAGUUCAGCAUGGCAUAUGACAACACGGAUUUCAAAGCUGUUGUGGACGACUUCAUCGCUGGCAAGUUCGCCGGCGCCGAGAAGAUGAUCACAAGUCGUAUCCUUCUUCGAGAUUUACCCGGCCAAGGCUUUGAAGAAUUGAUCAACAACAAAGACCAGUAUGUGAAGAUUGUAGCGACGCCGAAGGAAGAGCUCUUAGCCAAAGCUUCACGCAACGGCGAGGCUGAAGUCGCACCGGCGAAGCGAGGCAAAGGCGGCGAGACGGUCAUAGAGAAGGAAGCCGCCAGGGCCUUGAAAAGAACACGAGCAUCGUAA